CGGGGCCCGGGGCGGCUUCCCGAGGAAGGGGGAUGGGGUGGCAGGAGGCGGGGCGGACCCGGGCCGGUAGGGCGGGGUCACGCUCGGGCUGCGCGCCCGCUCUGCCCAGUCCGGCCCGGCCCGGCCCGGCCCACCCCCGCUGUCCCCCGCGGAGCCUCGGCCGGGGCGCAGCGCCGGGCCCUGACGUCUGCAGCGCCCGGGCCGCCAGCCCUCUUGCUCCGCUCCCGGCCGCAGGUCGUGUUCGGGCGCUGCGGCUCCUGCGCGCCUCAGACAGUGACUACUGCAGUAGGAGCGAGGCCGCCAGAGCCCAGGGAGCCCUGCAGGCCUCUGGGGCAGCGCCGGGUGUCGCGGUGUUUGCACGGGAGUGGGCAUGUAGACAGCGGGCAACCCAGGAGCAGACCGGCUAGCUCAGCCCGCUCGCCGCGGUCCCGUCGGAGGUGCUAACUGUGCGUGUUGGCAUCUCCCAGGCGCCAGAGGGUUGGAUGGCUCAGGGCUUGCGCUGAAGCUCAGCGAGGCUAGAGGCCGGUCCCCACGUCUCCAGGCAUCAGGGCUGCCCACCAGUGUCCAGGCGGGCAGGGGGGGCGACUGGACGGCCAGACAGACUUGCUUCGCUGGCUGCCUGUUUGGUUGCUGCGUUCUGUGUCGGCAUGGUUGCUAGUUUCCAACAGGAAAUCUUGGAGACUGUCAAAUUUGUGACCCAAGAAGUAGCAGCUAAAGGUCUGGGAUGCUGACUCGAGGCUGGUUCGUGUUCUAAGGUCCCGUUCCCUGGCGAUCCAGUGUCGUCUUUCCAGGACUGCACCCUCUUUCUGCCCCUGCUCACCACAGGGCGGCACCUCAUAGUGGCUGGAGAGGACUUUCCAAAGGGGCAUCCCACCCUUCCUCGAAGACAGGUGCCAUUUGAGCCUCUGUGGCCCGUGUCCCCUUCCACCAGCCGGUGGCCAGUUGAGCCUCCUUAGGUCCCGGAGCAGUCGUGCCCACCAUGGACCCAGACCCCCAGGCAGGCGUGCAGGUGGGCAUGCGUGUGGUGCGCGGCGUGGACUGGAAGUGGGGCCAGCAGGAUGGCGGCGAGGGCGGCGUGGGCACUGUGGUGGAGCUCGGCCGCCACGGAAGCCCCUCGACCCCUGACCGCACGGUAGUCGUGCAGUGGGACCACGGCACCCGCACCAACUACCGCGCAGGCUACCAGGGCGCGCACGACCUGCUGCUCUACGACAACGCCCAGAUCGGCGUCCGCCACCCCAACAUUGUCUGUGACUGCUGCAAGAAGCAUGGCCUGCGGGGUAUGCGCUGGAAGUGCCGCGUCUGCUUCGACUACGACCUGUGCACGCAGUGCUACAUGCACGGCAAGCACGACCUCACCCACGCCUUCGAGCGCUACGAGACGGCCCACUCGCGCCCGGUCACGCUGAGUCCCCGCCAGGGCCUCCCCAGGAUCCCGCUGAGGGGCAUCUUCCAGGGGGCGAAGGUGGUACGGGGUCCUGACUGGGAGUGGGGCUCGCAGGACGGCGGGGAAGGGAAGCCAGGCCGAGUGGUGGACAUCCGUGGCUGGGAUGUGGAGACAGGCCGGAGCGUGGCCAGUGUGACGUGGGCAGAUGGCACCACCAAUGUGUACCGAGUGGGCCACAAGGGCAAGGUGGACCUCAAGUGUGUAGGCGAGGCGGCCGGUGGCUUCUACUACAAGGAGCACCUGCCAAGGCUCGGCAAGCCGGCAGAGCUGCAGCGCAGGGUGAGUGCUGAUGGCCAGCCUUUCCAGCACGGGGACAAGGUUAAGUGUCUGCUGGACACAGACAUCCUGAGGGAGAUGCAGGAAGGCCACGGCGGGUGGAACCCCAGGAUGGCGGAGUUUAUCGGACAGACGGGCACCGUGCACCGCAUCACGGAGCGUGGGGAUGUGCGCGUGCAGUUCGGCCAUGAGACCCGCUGGACCUUCCACCCUGGGGCUCUCACCAAGCACAACGCCUUCUGGGUGGGUGACGUGGUGCGGGUCAUUGACGACCUUGACACGGUGAAGCGGCUACAAGCUGGGCACGGCGAGUGGACAGAUGACAUGGCCCCUGCCCUGGGCCGCGUCGGGAAGGUGGUAAAAGUUUUCAGAGACGGUAACCUGCGUGUGGCAGUCGGCGGUCAGCUGUGGACCUUCAGCCCCUCCUGCCUGGUGGCCUACCGCCCUGAGGAAGAUGCCAACCUGGACGUCGCAGAGCGUGCCAGGGAGAACAAAAGCUCCCUGAGCGUUGCCCUGGACAAGCUUCGAGCCCAGAAGAGCGACCUUGAGCAUCCAGGGAGACUGGUGGUGGAGGUGGCCCUAGGCAGUAUGGCCGGGGCUCUGGACCUGCUGAGGAGGCACCCAGAGCAGGUGGACGCCAAGAACCAGGGCAGGACCGCCCUGCAGGUGGCUGCCUACCUGGGCCAGGUGGAGCUGGUGCGGCUGCUGCUGCAGGCACGGGCGGGCGCAGACCUGCCGGACGAUGAGGGCAACACGGCGCUGCACUACGCGGCCCUGGGGAACCAGCCCGAGGCUGCCCGGGUGCUCCUGAGCUCCGGGUGCGGGGCCAAUGCCCUUAACGGCACCCGGAGCGCAGCGCUGCAUGUGGCCGUGCGGAGGGGCUUUCUGGAGGUGGUGAGGGUCCUGUGUGAGCGCGGCUGUGACGUCAAUCUGCCUGACGCCCAUGCGGACACACCCCUGCACUGUGCCAUCUCGGCGGGCGCCGGCGCCAGCGGCAUCGUGGAGGUCCUCACUGAGGUGCCGGGCAUCGACGUCACUGCCACCAACAGCCAGGGCUUCACCCUGCUGCACCACGCGGCCCUCAAGGGCCACACACUAGCUGUCAGGAAGAUCCUAGCUCGGGCACGUCAGCUGGUGGAUGCCAAGAAAGAGGACGGCUUCACGGCCUUGCACCUGGCCGCCCUCAACAACCACCGGGAGGUGAUCCAGAUUCUCAUCCGAGAGGGCCGCUGUGACGUGAACGUCCGCAACCGGCAGCUCCAGUCCGCACUGCACCUGGCGGUGCAGCAGGCCCACGUGGGCCUCGUGCCGCUGCUGGUGGACGCUGGCUGCAGCGUCAAUGCCGAGGAUGAGGAGGGGGACACGGCCUUGCACGUGGCACUGCAGCGUCACCAGCUGCUGCCCCUGGCGGCCGAUGGGGCCGGGGGGGACCCGGGGCCCUUGCAGCUGCUGUCCAGGCUACAGGCCUCCGGCCUCCCGGGCAGCGGGGAGCUGACGGUGGGCGCGGCGGUCGCGUGCUUCCUGGCGCUGGAGGGCGCCGACGUGAGCUACGCCAACCACCGCGGCCGGAGCCCCCUGGACCUGGCCGCCGAGGGCCGCGUGCUCAAGGCCCUGCAGGGCUGCGCGCAGCGCUUCCGGGAGCGGCACGCGGGCGGCAGCGGGGGCGCGGCCCCGGGCCCCAGGCUGGUGCUCGGCACCCCCAACACCGUGACGAACCUGCACGUGGCCGCGCCGUCGGGGCCCGAGGCCGCCGAGUGCCUGGUGUGCUCGGAGCUGGCGCUGCUGGUGUUGUUCUCGCCGUGCCAGCACCGCACGGUGUGCGAGGAGUGUGCGCGCAGGAUGAAGAAGUGCAUCAGGUGCCAGGUGGUCAUCGGCAAGAAGCUGCGCCCAGACGGCACGGAGGUGGCCGGCGCGCCCCCUGCGCCCGGCCCGCCGCGGCAGCUGGUGGAGGAGCUCCAGAGCCGCUACCGGCAGAUGGAAGAACGCAUCACCUGCCCCAUCUGCAUCGACAGCCACAUCCGCCUCGUGUUCCAGUGCGGCCACGGCGCGUGCGCGCCCUGCGGCGCCGCGCUCAGCGCCUGCCCCAUUUGCCGCCAGCCCAUCCGCGACCGCAUCCAGAUCUUCGUGUAGUCCGCGCCACCCCCACCCCCCCCCGCCCCCGCCCCCGCCCCGCGUCCCGGCCGCGCCCCGCCACGUUCCGGAGCCACGUCCCGCCAUCGCCUUCGCAAGCCCCCACCCCGUGUUUUAUAAAAAGAUUCUCGGA